CAGGGGUAAAACUGGCAAACCGUAAAAUUGAGGGGGGCCAAGGCUUUCUCCCUCUCCGUCUCUUUCCUACCGCCGCCGCCAUUUGUUGCACCUCAUCGUCGGCGAUCUCACCGCCGGCGACGGCACGCAGCAAAUCAGCCAUCUUACCGGCCAAGUAUCGUCUCCCCGCGAGACGCCGCCCGCCCUCCUCCUCUUCCCCGGCGUCUACUGGUAUUGGAGUGGCGCGGGGUGGAGAUCCAUCGACCCAUUCCGACCUGGAUCGAUCUCUCCAUUUCUUGGUAACUAACCCAAAGUGCCCGGAUGGACCGUUCCAGGGCUCUAGAAAUGCAGAGGGAUAACGGCCCCGGCGACGGGACGCCGGGAACCCCGAGCCCGACGCACGGCGGCCGCCUCAGGCACCGGAAGCGCUCCAGCGAGGUCAACCCCGAUGUGAACAAGACCGAUGGCGCAAACCUGCUCGCCAAUGACAAGAACAAGUACAAGUCGAUGCUCGUCCGGACCUACUCCUCGCUGUGGAUGAUGGCCGGGUUCGUGUUCUUGAUAUACAUGGGCCAUCUCUACAUCUGGGCCAUGGUCGUGGUCAUCCAAAUCUUCAUGGCCAAGGAGCUCUUCAACCUGCUCAGGAAGGCCAAUGAGGACCGGCAGCUCCCUGGGUUUAGGAUGCUGAACUGGCAUUUUUUCUUUACCGCUAUGUUGUUUACGUAUGGGCGCUUCCUUAGCCGGCAGCUUGUCAACACUAUGACUUCGGAUAAGUUGCUGUACAAGCUGGUGAGCGGGCUCAUCAAGUACCAGAUGUUUAUUUGCUACUUUCUCUACAUAGCAGGUUUUGUCUGGUUUAUUGUCACGCUAAAGAAAAAGGCAUACAAGUACCAGUUCAGUCAGUAUGCAUGGACUCACAUGAUCCUUCUGAUGGUAUUUGCUCAGUCAUCUUUCACUGUGGCAAACAUUUUCGAUGGAAUAUUCUGGUUCCUCCUACCAGCUUCAUUAAUUGCUAUCAAUGAUGUUGCUGCAUAUUUCUUUGGAUUCUUCUUUGGGAAAACACCCUUGAUUAAGCUCUCUCCAAAGAAAACAUGGGAAGGCUUUAUAGGUGCAUCAGUGACUACCAUGCUUUCUGCGUUUGUGCUUGCUAAUUUCAUGGGCCAUUUCCACUGGUUGACAUGCCCAAGAAAGGAUUUGUCAACUGGAUGGCUUCACUGUGACCCGGGCCCCAUGUUUACUCCAGAAAGUUAUGAUUUACCAGGAUGGAUGCCACAAUGGUUACCAUGGCAAAAAGUUGCAAUUAUGCCUGUUCAGUGGCAUGCCUUAGCUCUUGGCUUGUUUGCUUCAAUAAUAGCACCAUUUGGAGGGUUUUUUGCAAGUGGCUUCAAAAGGGCAUUCAAAUUUAAGGAUUUUGGGGACAGCAUACCUGGUCACGGUGGAUUUACAGAUAGGAUGGACUGCCAAGGUUUUCUAUUGUUGGGAAGUGGAGCUUGCUGCCAGAUGGUAAUGGCUGUCUUUGUGUACAUCUAUUACCAAUCAUUUGUGAUGGUACAAGACUUAUCUGUUGAGACAAUCCUGGAGCAGAUACUAAGGAAUCUCACCUUCGAGGAGCAGCAUGAUCUAUAUGAACAACUAGGCAAGUUACUGGCGAGAGGGAACUGAUGCUGACAUCAGCAAAUCCAAAAGGAUGAUGCACAGUGUUUUCAGGCCAUGCUUUAGUUAUUCUGCAUGUACAGCCCUAACACCCCAAGAACGGAACAAAAGAACGACAAAGCUGACUGGAAUCGCACUGCUGUAUGAUGUUUUGGAGUAUACAGCUCCCAUGGUCUUCCGAGAUGAUUUGUUGUCUUUUUCUUUUGCUUCUGGUGUUAUGCUUGUUGCCGCCUCAAAACCAGCAAACGCUGUUUCCUCAUGUAAAAGGUAGUUGAUGUUGACCCUGUGUAGAAUGUUCUUUCCAGUCAAUGUUUUAUUCAGUAGGAGAGAUUGAAAGAA